UCAUCUCUCUUUUCGGAAAAACCGAAAGCACCCCGGCUUCCCACCGCCAUGGCUUGCUGUGCUCCCUGCUGCUGCAGCGUCCCCACCGGCCCCGCCACCACCAUCUGCUCCUCGGACAAAUGCUGCCGCUGCGGAGUCUGCCUGCCCAGCACCUGCCCACACACCACUUGGUUACUGGGGCCCACCUGCUGUGACAACUGCCCCCCACCCUGCCACAUUCCUCAGCCCUGUGUGCCCACCUGCUUCCUGCUCAACUCCUGCCAGCCCACCCCGGGUCUGGAGACCAUCAACCUCACCACCUGCACUCAGCCCUGCUGUGAGCCCUGCCUCCCAAGCUGCUGCUGAUGAGGGCCGCUUCCCUCAGUGCCUGAUGAUGAAGAACCCAGAAGCUCUCUGUUCAGUAUUCACUUGCCUCGGUAGUUUACCAGAUGUCGAGGCAGACCAGAGGGCACAAAUAUGGAAAACCUACCUUUCGUUUUAAUGGAAAGAAAAAUUUAAAAAUUGUUCUGGUUAUUUGGCUGGAUAAUCAUUGGGUUCAUUUGGGCAGGUGAAUAUCAUCUAUUAUCAAAGGACAUUAAAAUCUGUAAGACUUCAAUAUUUUCUUGGUCAUUUGCUUCCUGGAUUCCAUUUCUUGUCUUGGAUAUUUUCAUAAAGGGAAAAAAAAUUCAUAAUGGGUUUUCCAAUAAACUUUGUU